UCUUCCUCUCACUCCCUUCUUAGCCAAACAGCGGUGUCACUUCAUCACCGAAGUCAGUGGCGCGUGGAGUACAACCGUCAAUGGAAGGCUUGAAGGUCUCGAAAGCGAAUUUAACUGUUUACAUUCACCCUUCAAAGAGCAACCAGGUUUCCCAAGCCGUUCUCCGCGAACUCAGCUCCUUGCUUUUCACGUUCAGCGAAAUCGUCGACGGCGUCGUUUUGGCUUAUGAUGUCAACUCGCUGGACACGUGCGCUAAGAUCCUCCCCGGCGUUCACCCUUACUUCGGCGUCAAACUCAAGGUCAAUUUUUUGCUCUUUUCUCCCAAGCCAAACACGCUUUUAGAAGGGAAGGUGGUUAAGCUUACGCAGGAGUCCAUUCACGUUGUUGUGCUUGGCUUUUCUGCUGCGGUUAUAGCAGAGAAAGACAUCAGGGAAGAGUUUGUGUGGAAAAUGAAAAAAGGACAAGAGGUGUAUGCAAGCAGGUCUAACAAGCGACAUGUGAUAAAGGUCGGGACCAUGAUACGGUUUUCAGUCAAGAGUUUUGAUGAAGAAAUACUUCAUGUUUAUGGAUCUCUAAUUCCCGAGCACACAGGCAGCAUUUAUUGGUUGGACAAGAACUUAGAAGUUGUUUCCCAUGCUGACAGGAGUGAAAAGAAGAAAAGAAUUCAGCCAGAACGAAUAGUGCUUGAACAAGAUGUUGUGGAUGGGGAACUGUCAACUUUGGACAUUGCUCAAAAGAAAACAAGUGCAAAAAGGCAAAAACACUCGGAGGAUUCUUGAAUGUAGCAUUGGAAUCUUAUUUUGAGUGCAUUUUAUCCACAGUACGACAACACUUAAAAGUAGGGAGCCAUGUUAUGUUGAUCAAAUGCCAACAGUGUGCUCAUUAUGACACGUUACGCCUUGCAGUAGGAUUCUCACCUCCUUUGGAAAGCUGUCCAUUCCUUUAGCGUCUGAAAUUGCAAACCUCUUGGAAGAUAACGAAACAGAAGCUAAAAAAUAUAUUUGAUCUCACCAAAUUAUAAGGCCGUAGUGACACCAUUGAUGUUGCGAGCAUCUGGCUCCAACCAGCUGUACCCAAGCAGCAAACAGCUUUACUUUUACCAAAGUCUUUAAUUUUUCCUUAGAAAAAUGUCCAUUUACUGUGUUAUUUUUCAUGGAGAAAAAAAUUUAAAAAUGGCCUCAAACUCUUAAAGCUAAAAUGUUUGAAUCCAUUUAAAGCCUACAGACAAAAAUCCAGUCAUCUAAUGCAAAAAAAUAGUUUGCAUGCAUAUCUUUAUCAACUCAGUCUGAAUAAGAGAUUAAAUAUAAGGUAUUGAUGAGUCACUUUCACAUGGUUGCUAUAUCGACUUCUCUUUUUUCAGUUAUAUAUCUCUUCUCUUAAUACUUAAGUACAUGAAAAUAAUAAACAGAUCAAGGGAAGAUAUAGUGGAGAGAAGACAUAUUGCAUUUCCCUAAAUUGAAAGUCUAUAAAGAGAAAAAGUAAAGGGAAAAUCAAGUUAUUGAAUUCCUUAAAUGAACUUGAAAAUUUGUCUUUGGAUAGGAAUCGAAGGACU